GCGUAGGCAAAAGACACGACGGCAAACGAGAACUUGUGGCCGAUACGUCUGCUUUCCGAUUAGGCCUUCGUGUCCACAUCGAAAAACCAGUAAGCUGAAGUGACAACACAAGCAGCGUCGGCUGCCCCCCAUCCACUCGACUCCGAACAUGGCGGGGUGUCAUCUGCGUGGCAGCGCCGUUAAGAUGGGUGUUUGGGCCAUUUGGGGUUGCAGGUCUCAGUGUCAAUCAUUUAUCGUCCUCAAUUUGCCACCUUAAGGUCACUUUCUCACUCUCUCUAUCGCGUGGACGUCACCGUUGUCUGGUCGUCCUCCCAUUACCGCCAGCGGCCCACGGUUUUAUUUCCUCCUUCCCAGAGUGUGGAGGGGAACAGCCGAUGGUUGCUGAUCGAGCAAAUUUAGGACGCGACUCUUCUGCGAGCUCGCUCCUCUAUAUUUGCCAGGCGUCGUCAUGCGGCAGCCGCAGCGGUACGUGCAAGGACCUUGAGAGAGUGUUGAAUACAACACACAUAUAAGAGGAAGAGAAGAUGAAGAUGCGCAGAGGUGGCAGAGCCGAUUCCAGAAUGGAGAGGAAGACGGUGGAGAAGUAUAGGAGAAUGCACAUGAAGAGCUUGUGCCUCCAGCUCUCCUCGAUCAUCCCAAAAGAACACAGGACCACUUCAAAGAACGGACUGACACAGAAUGAUAGCCUGGAUCAAGCCACAUCUUACAUCAAGAAACUCGAGGAAAGGAUUGAAAACUUGAAGCAGAGAAGGCUCACUUGGGCCAUGACGGAAACAAAUGGUGUGACACUAGGAUUUCAACUUCCAAUUCUUGAAGUAAGGCACCGGGACAUGGACUUGGAGAUUCUUCUGAUAAGUAGGGUGAGUAAGAGAUUCAUGUUCCAUGAAGUGAUCAAUGUUCUUGAGGAAGAGGGUGCAGACGUUGUUAAUGCUAGCUUCUCAACUGUGGGCGACAAGAUCUUCCACACGAUACAUUCAAAGGCUUUUAGCUCCAGAAUUGGCUUGGAGGCAUCGAGAGUGUCCGAGAGAUUGAAGGAUUUGGUUCAGUAAGCAUCUCAUGGAUUUGGUGGAGCAUCAUUGUCUAUUAGCAGAUGUGGAGAAAAUACACACCGGAGAGAACUCGUGUUGCUUGAUGCUGGAGGUGGUGGUGCUUGUAAUUGAGGUAAAGAGGACUAUGUAAAUUGGUCCAUGGAAGAACAGGGAGGAGCUUCUGGCUGUUGACACUUCCAGCUUUGAGCUUAGAGUAACAAAAACUGGAUGUAUCUCUUAUAUGGAUUCGAAUCCGAAACAUAUCAUCGAUGAGAUGAAUGAGGAUGCUGUCAAAAAUUAAACUUUGUGAA